AUGCUGAGCAAAAAAAGCCUAGCGUCAUGGAUACCGUUAAUCGUGCAUGGGUGUAUUCUUGGAAUUGUAUUUUAUGCGGUGAACAAGGCAGUGCCCGAUGCAUACAUGGAUGAAAUAUUCCAUGUUCCACAAGCACAAAGAUACUGCAAUGGAGAUUAUUACACUUGGGAUCCCAAAUUGACUACUCCACCUGGAUUAUACAUAAUCUCAAACCUUCUAGUAACCCUUUUAUCUACAGUGCCUCCAUCUUCACCUUCUAUAUUCUGCUCCACUCAAUUUCUCCGAAUGACCUCUUUACUAUUUACGAUAAUGAUUUCUUACCUACUUCCUCAUCUUCUCCAUUCUCUCCAUCCAUCGGUAUCUCCAUAUUCAUUGCGGACGAUAAUGGAAUCGAUUGUGAUAUCGUCAUUCCCAGUGUUAUGGUUUUAUAGCUUUUUGUAUUAUACUGACACUGGAUCAACUUUUUUUGUGUUGGCUGGAUAUUAUUUGGAGAGGGUUGGAAAGUAUGGUCCGAGUGCUAUGACCAACAUAAUAUGGGCAUGCUUUGUGGCUGGAGAUAUAGUUUCUUCCAUUCUUUCCCCAGUUAUCUUUUCCUCACCACCCAGCGAAAGAGAUUCGUUCGUAGAACGGUGGAUAAAGAUUGCAGAAAACGUUGUAAGCGGAAUACAAAGUAAUUUGAAGAUAUUAGUGAAGAGAACAAUUCCAUACUUUGUCGUUGUGCUCUUGGUGGGAGUAUUUUUCGUGUGGAACGGAAGCAUUGCACUCGGCGAUAAAACGAAUCAUGUAGCUAUUUUACACAUCCCCCAGGUAUAUUAUUUCAUUGCAUUCACAGCUGUUCUCUCACUUCCUCUCACCAUGAUCCAUCCGAGCGAUCUGUACGAUUUAAGAUAUGAACACCCAUUUCUGUUGAGUGACAAUAGACAUUAUUCGUUUUAUGUCUGGAAAAAGAUAUACAAAAGACAUCCGUCGGUUAAAUACUUGCUGAUUCCGGCAUACUUUACGGCUUUGCAAAUAAUUCUCAGACCACUGACUGCGUGUAGGUCGUCGUUAUGGAUGCUGACCUUUGCUACCGCCGUCUGCCUGACUCUGGUUCCAUCCCCAUUGUUUGAAUUCAGAUACUUUAUCAUUCCGUAUAUUAUCUAUCGUUUAAACAUCAGGCCACCAUCGGCAACACGACUAUUGCUUGAAUUUAUGGCCUACUCUGUUGUAAACGCAGUCACAUUGUAUUUGUUCAUUUACAAACCGUUUAAAUGGGAAUCAGAGCCCAGCCAGCUUCAAAGAUUCUUGUGGUAG